AUGGUACAAGCUGACUAUAUGCUGGAUAUGGAACCAGAGCGGGUGGAGUUAUCUUAUCCAUUACCAGAUGUGAUGCUCCAUCAAAUGCCCUCUGACUUUCCUCCUAUGUACAUCACCAACGAUGGGCAGGUUCAUAGCUUGAUAGAGCUAGGCAAAACGCAUGUGCUGCGCCUUUGCAUCUCUGUUGGAAACAAGGAUAAAGAUGAAGAAGUUGAGGAAGAGUAUGAUGAUGUAGGGGACGAGGACUAUGUGGAUGAAGCUUUUGCAGGAAAGAAAGCUGAAGACACGGACGCAGACUAUAGUGAGUAUGGGAAAGUUCAAGAUGAAGAUGAUUGGGAGAAAAAAUGCUUUGAAGAAAGGCUUCGCAGAGGUGAUAUGAAUGGUCAUGGGGUAGGAUUCAAUGGAAAUGGGUCAGGCGAUAUAUCAAUUGGCCAGAGCUAUGUAAGCAAGGAUGAUCUCAUAUCUGCCUUGCGAGUGAAGGCAGUGAUGUCUAGAUUCGCCUUCAAGGUUUCUAAGUCCACUACCAAGCUCUAUGUGGCAAAAUGUUUUGUAGAUGGAUGCAAAUGGAUGUGCAGAGCUGCUAUAAAGAAUGAAGCAAAGAGGUUCUUCGUCACAAAGUAUGUCAAGGUUCAUACAUGCUCUGUGGUGGACCGUGCUCGAUUCCGCAAGGGAUGUACUCCAAGGUAUCUUGGGCAGAUAUUUGUAGAGCGGUUUGGAAUCAUUGAUGGAAUUGUCCCAAGGCAUAUUGCCGCGAUAAGGGUGAUGCUUGGACUUAAGCUUAACUACACCACUUCUUACAGAGCUUUAAAAGCUGCGAACUUUUUGUUAGGGGAACACCAGAAGGCUGGAUAUGCGGCUUUGCCCUCGUACUUGCGAAGAGUGAAGCAGUCAAACCCGGGCUCCGUGACUGACCUUUACUUGAGACGUGUUAUUGUGGUAGAUGGGACUCAUCUAACUGGAAAGUAUGGAGGAGUUUUGCUGGUUGCAGCCGGUCAAGACGCUAAUUUUCAGGUUUUCCCGUUGGCUUUUGGGAUUGUAGAUGCCGAGAAUAACGAAUCAUGGGGGCUUGGUUUAUGA